AUGGAGUCGUCCAAGCCCUUCAACGACAGGCUUUGGAUCAGACUGCUCGUCCUUCUCGCCUACAAGACCGCGACCCAGAAGCAUGCCGGCCGCCUGAAGCUCGCCAGCCAGCCCGGCCGGGUCGUCUUCGUCUCGCCAAGGUGUUGCAUCAAGUCCACCCCCUUCACCAGGCUCACAGAGGCCAGGGCCCUGCAGUUCGUCGCCCAGCACACCUCCGUGCCCGUGCCCAAGGUCCACUCGGCCUUUGAGCGUGACGGGCGGGCCUACAUCAUCAUGGAGCGCAUAGACGGGGAGAAUCUCGCCGACGGGUGGAGCAGCCGGCCCGACGAGUCCAAGGCCAGGAUCCUGGAGCAGCUCAGGGCCUUUGUGCAGGAGCUCCGCAGCAUCCAGCCGCCGCCGGGGAUGGGCGUCGCGGGCGUCGACGGCGGCCCCAUCUUUGAUCACCGCCUGCCCUCCAAGUCUCUGUGGGGCCCAUUCACCACCAUCCAGGACUUCCACCGCGAGCUUCGGGGGGGCAUCGCCGCAGAGGACAUCCAGGACGACGCGUCGUCACCAGGGGUCAAGGACAUGGCUGCGUUCCAGGAGCAGGCCUGGGGGGACCCCGUCUUCACGCACGGCGACCUGAGCAGCUCCAACAUCCUCGUCAGGGGCGACAGGGUGGUCGGCAUCGUCGACUGGGAGACGGCGGGUUGGUACCCGCCUUACUGGGAGUACACAUCCGCGAAGCAUCCCAACCCGCAGAACAGCUGGUGGCAGGAGGAGGUGGACAGGUUCAUCGCGCCUGCGCAGGAUGCAUUGGAGGCCGAGACUAUCAGAAGAAGGUUCUUUGGGGACUUUUGA